AAGGCCAACGUAAAUAUGUCACUACCGCCAUCCUCACAGGUCGCUGUGCCUAUACCGAGCUCACAAAUGAUUGGAACACCUGAGCCAGCAAAAAAGCUGAAGAAAUAUCGACCAGUAAAGCCAUUACCAUUUGAGCUUCGAGAUAUCAUCAAUGUCUAUAUUGAGGAAAAGCUUUUCUCACAAGCUCUUCCCCUGCUCUUAAACACACUCAUCGCAGGCAAUGAUGGUACUGUCGAAGGACAAACCUUGCCAACUUAUGUUCCAGCACCUCAGGUGCUAGCAGUUGUUGCCACACUAGCUGUACAUCCUGCCUGGACAAAUCGAGCCACGGAACCAGAGAGUGUCAAGACAGCUAAUGAUGCGCUAUUUUACCUCAAACAUGUCAAUUCUAUUGUCGGCGCUGCGAACGCCAACUUCACCUCAGCUUUCAAGUUUCUGGACAAGUUUGACUCUCGGGACAGGCGACGACGCACUGGAGAUGUCGCUGUCGGCACAGAAGACGAAAACAAGUUCUCGAUCAACAUAGCCAACAAGGGUGCAAUCUGGAACCUUGCCGAGGACUUUUGGGCAGUAGUUGGUUGGGCCUUCAACUGUUCAUGUCAGCACCCAAAGCGAUGGGAAAGGUGGAGACCUUGGCUCGAGUUUAUGCUUGAUGCGCUUGAAGAUGAUUUACGCGAACGAAUCUCUGCUGCCGGACCUCUCAAGGAUGCUGCCAAAGAAGCAGCAGCCAAUACCUUAUUAUCAGAGAGUCUGAUUGCGCAGUACUGUCUUACUGCAGGUGACGGUAGAGCCGGCAAACGAAGAGUCAUGAGGGCGGUUCUCGCCAAUGGUUGCAAGAAAGACUUGGACGAGUUUCGUGAGAUCUGGAAGAACGAAACCAAGCCUCCAAAAGAGAAGAAACUGGAAGAACUAAUGCCUAGGAAAGGGAUUGAUUUCGAAAAGGAAGAGUACGGUGAUUACAUGGACAUGUAUGAGUCUGAAGAAGAGGAAGAAGAAGAUUUGCCCUCGACGCCUAGAGCAUCAAAUUCGGCACGUCAGUCACGCAAGAGAGGACGACCAUCUUCUGCUACACCAGAUCCAGAUGCAGACAAUGAGUAUAGUGUGUCUUCAGACUAUGGUGGAUACGAGGCCGUACGACUGCGUCAGCGCUUGAUCGCUUUGGUAAGCAUAGCCUUCUCUUUCUGGCAUCCGAUAUACCAUCUAAUGCUCUGUAGNCUCACUCAAAUCUCGUCCCACUACGAACAUGCCUUCAUGGAAGCGGAAGACUGCUUUGACCUGGUAACAGAGUUUCUUCGCCCUCUACCAUUGGAUAUCUUCAUGCUGUUCGUCUCACCACCAACCCCAUGGCUAGAGCCCCACUCCCACGCCUCGCUCUGCCAAAACCUGCUUCGCCCGAUCAUUUCCUCCGAAGCACCUAUCUAUCAUGCCGACACCAUGACACAGAUCGAGUUCGAAAAACACUUCUUGCCUUAUUCUGCAAAUUACACCAAUUAUGUCGAGAACGCACGGGUCAGUCUGCUGGUAGAAGCCUUGUUGAGAUUGCUGUUUAGACACUCUGCACUGGUUGUUAACAAUAGCCUGAAGAAGAAGCUGGAUGAAGGAAUCAAGGCUAGAGAAGCGAAGGCAAAGUUCGGCGCAAGGAAGCUGGUGGGCAUUAAGGAAGCCGAAGAAGAAAAGGCUGUCAAGAUGCUGGCCAACAGUACGAUGAGGAUGAAAAUGACGGUACAGGUUGCUAACACUCAUCAGCAGUAG